AUGACGACUCUUCAGGCGAUGACGAGACGGACGAAAAGGAAGCCAUUCCUGCUGACGUUGCCCCUGUCCAAGAGCGACAUCAAGAGCGACAAUUGGAAGACGACAGCCGAAGGCAAGGUCUGGGCGCACGCAAAAGAGGCCGAGUGCUUGGUUCGGCAUCUCGAGGCCCACAAGGAGAUCCCUCUAGACGUCAACUUCGCAGACGUCUUGUUCACGAAGGUCGACAUGCAGGACUUUGCAGGCACCAUAGCCGUCAAUCCAGACGUGGGCAAACUCGACGGCAAGCUCACCUCGGACGAAUGUCUCCGAGCUCUCAGCUACCUUUUCAAGACGUACCCGACUGUGCAGGCCCUUCGAGAGGACGAACACUUCCGCGUGCCACCACCCUCGAGGCUGGCCCAAUACCAGCCGUUCGAUCUGGCCGAGCUCGGCUUCAGAGCUUGUCCGCUGACCACCUCGGGCAAAGAAGGCGAAACUCCGCUCCGCCUGUCGCAAACGGUUGAGGGCGAGUCCCUGGUUCUUGCGAACGAUUGCUCGCAAUGUGCGAGAGACCCACUUCCUGCAGACCGAAAUCGAUUGCCUCCGCGAGGCGGAGCUCUUCCAGAAACGAAACGCGAACAGGCUCGAGACAGCAGCAAGUAUCAGCUGUGGGCUUGCAACGAUGCAUCCUCUUCGCCCUGA